AUGAAAGAACCGGAAGUUCAUAUAAUAACCGAUGCCUCAAACACGGGCUGGGGAGCCCAAGUAGGAGACACUUUGAGGAAAGGAAACUGGACAGAGCAGCAGGAAAAGUGGCAUAUCAACAAAAAAAAAAAAAAUGUUCGUGAUCUACUUAGCGCUAAGAAACCACCUAGAUCGAUUGGCAAACAAAACACUGUUAAUUUAGACGGACAACAGGACGGUGGUUUCCUACUUGAGAAAUCAAGGAGGAACCAAGUCGGUCACGCUUUUGGCAUUGACCAGGAAGAUCCUGGAGCUGGCACAUCAAUACAGUAUGUCUCUGAGAAUAGAACAUAUUCCAGGAAACUACAAUAUUGUGACCGACCACCUAUCCAGAGGAAAGGAUCUGCCAGACUGGCACUUAUCAAGGAUAGCUCAGAAGAGGAUCUUCGAAAAGUGGGGAACCCCUUGCAUCGACCUAUUUGCGACUCCAGAAUCAGCCGUCGUUACAAGAUUUGUAACGCAAUUCCCAUGCAAGGAGGCAGAAUUCGUCAACGCAUUUACAAGAACGUGGGAGUACAAGCUAGCGUGGAUAUUCCCUCCUCCACCCCUAAUACCAAGAGUUCUCCAACACCUCAACUAUUGUCAGGGAGUUUUCAUAAUGAUAGUCCCCAGUUGGGAAAGGGUGUUCUGGCGGCCCCUUCUGAAGAGACGUGCCAUCGACCACCCGUUCACCAUUCGGAAUCUGAAGGCUCACCUGGAAGAUCUUCAAACCAACCAGCCUCCUCCAAAGGUAAUGGAUUUACACCUGGAGGCAUGGAAGAUACGGGGUGGUCCGAUAUAGCGAAUCACUGGUCAAAGGAUGAAAGGAGAAUCUUAGAAACAUCCUGGCGCAAGUCAACUCUCAAAACGUAUGCCGUUGCAUGGAAAAGUUGGCAAUCGUGGGCGAAGAAAAGAAGAGUUUCAGUUAAAAAUCCAAACCCCACGCAGGUGGCUCAAUACCUCUGCUUCCUACACAACACAAGAAAAUUGGCGCUUAGAACGAUCCUAUUACAUAAAUCCACCAUUGCGACAUUCUCCAAUCCACUACAUAGUGAAGGAGUUUCCAGUAGCCCAACAGUGAAACAGGUAAUUAGAGGUAUUGCAAAUGCAAAUCCUCCAGCAACUAGGCCAAAGAUUUGGAACAUCGAUAAACUUCUAUCUUGGAUUAAUGAUAACCAUCCAGAUACGAAUAGUAUCUUUCAAGUGGCCCGGCAUCUAUCGCUGCUUUUGCUGCUAUCAUCGGGAAGGAGAGUCCAUGACUUGACACUCCUUCGAAUAGAUUCUGGUUUCUUUGAACAAACCGAAGAAUACAUAAUUUUCUGGCCACAACAUGGAUCUAAGACAGACAAGCAUAACUACGUCCAGUCAGGCUGGAAACUCCUCAAAAAUCGAGAAUGCAUCUGGGAUCUAGUACACUGGACAACCAUAUAUCUAGAAAUAUCAGAAAAGAGAAGGAACCUCCACUGUCGACCGAUUCCUCAACUAUUCGUCACAACUCGUGGGAAGAUAGGACCGGCAUCUCGGUCAGUGAUAGCAGGAUGGGUCCGCACAGCGUUGAAAUCGGCAGGUAUAGAAGGAGGAGCCGGCAGUACCCGCUCGGCAGUGGCAACAUCCCGCUUCAAUGAUAACAUGCCAUUGGAUGAGGUUUUGCAGAAAGGAAAUUGGCAGGGAUCAAGCAAUUUCUUCAAACACUACUAUAACCAUGUCACAGUACGCUUUCUAACACCGUGGCGCGCCGGCAGAUUGUAA